AUGAAGUUUAUUUCUAAUCAUUUUUUAUCUAGAAUUUUCAAAAUUUAUUCAAAACAUUCUUGCGUAUAUUUGUAUCUGAAUAAUUUGCAUGUUUGCUAUACCAUCAUUGUUAUGGUUGUUACUAUAAUUGCUGUUUUUUAUAAUAUUGCUUUCAAUAAUAUUAAUUCUCAACAUAAAUCAAAUGAUCUUUCUAGAAAAUCAAAUACAUUAACUUUAUCUUUCUAUGCUUUUUUUAAAUCAUGCUAUCUAUACAUAUUAGGUGCAAUAUGUUUUAUAAGCUUGUUAUCUUGUACUUUUGUCCUUAAUAAAACAAUAGUUCCUAUUUCUACAAUAUCUUUUUUUUCUUUUUUGUUUUUUCAUUGA